AUGGAGCCCUUGCGCCUCAAGGCGCGGCAGUUGGCCGAAGAAAAGAUUGAGAGCUGGGAUGAUGGGGACUUUGAGCUUGAUGUUGAUGAUAUCCCAUUUCGAGGCUGUGGUUCCACCAAUGGCCAGAGUAAUGGCCCUCCCAGCAGGCGAGAUUCGCACUCAUCCGUCAUGUCCCUGCGGUCCGAUCUGGAAUCUAUGCCUGGCGAGGAGAGGCAUGUUCAUCUGCCUGGCGACGAUGAACAAUCCACUCUCGAGGCGAUCGCUGCUGCAACCAAGGCUGGCAUUCCCCUCCCUAAGAACGUCCCAUCAUCUGCUCUUAUGGGCGGCACAAUCAAGCGCCUGGGUGGACGUAAAGUGAAGAAGAUCAUUCAGGAUGACUGGGAGAACGACAUUGAACUGCCCGACUCGCCGCAGCCUCUUCGAAUCAAACUCCAGGACGCGUCCAAAUUUCCGGACGCUCUGAGGCAAGUUAGCGGCGGCUCUCAGAACAGUCCAUCCAAACCGUCUUCGAGGCCUAGCACGUUGCCUUCCAUCAUUAAGGAUGAUGAGCGGCGUAGAGAGUCGGGUUUCUCGUCGACAUCCGGCAGUCUGACCGGUGCAGCCCAUCUCGACAAGUUUCGAGACAAUGACGACGAUGAUCUUGAUUUCUUCGGCGACGGAUUCUCCACCAUCAAAGUCUCCAAAACUCGUCCGCCGAGGCCCAUUUCUCUCAUAACACCACCCACACCUCAGAAGGAUGAAAAGCCUACAGCUACAGCGCCUGAUGAAGAUUUCGAACACGACUUUGAAUUACCCUCGGACGGCAAGUUGAAACUCUCCAUGCGGAAAAACAUUCCGAAAACGCCAUCUUCCCACGCGGAUGACUUGGACUGGGGCGAAGGUAGCUUGGGGACUCGCUUUGGUGGUACUCGGAGGGAUGGUCGCUCUUACCGAAGCUCCUCCGCAUCAGCUCUCAGCCCUAGCGUAUCGAGUUCAUUCACUGCCGAGAGCGAAGACGACACGUUUGAUGGCCUUGUCCUGCCUAGUGGGCCGGUAGAUUUCGAGGAGCGUCUCAGCCGGCAAAGGAAGAGCCGCUCUCCUGUGCGCAGCAGUAUGGGGGAGGAGACGCCCCCAACAGAUGUCGAAAAAGACGACAUUCUCAGUGGCCUUGAAAUUGGCGAUGGCGAGAUCUUCGACGCGGGCAAGUUGACCCUUCAUCGAAAUAUUCGUGUGAACGCGCAUCGACCCGCCAGCCCAGCUCGUCCCAAGACGGCCGUUGCCAUUACAUUCACCAACAAAACGGUGCAAUCCCGACUUCCACGUCCCAGCCACGAGCGAGCUCACUCGAUGCUGGAACCCGUCUCCGAAAGCGGCGGCCCUAUUCCAUCCAGAUCGAGAAGACCCCAGUCGCGGCUGGGUCAUUCAUCCCAGUCUUCUGUGACAAGCUUGCCGACGCCAACGACAAUCUCGCCUUCUCACUCUUUACUGCCUGGCACACUUCGAAAACGCGAAAUUGGCAAUCGGUCUUCCCUCACCUCUCUCCGCAACGAGCCGACCACCACGAGUUCUCAGUUACUCCGCUUCAAGCGCUCCUUACCUGCGAUGCGGGCAGGCCAAUCUCCGGCGAAACCCAACGUCCCGCGGUAUGACAGGCCUUCGUCUCGCACCGAGAAUAACCGCCCCCCAUCUGGGUUGCGUCCUAAAACGCCUGUCGACCGGACUCGCCCCGUGGCUGAAAUGUCUGCCUCGCAAGCACGAAAGCCGUUCUUGCCUGCGGGAGUAUCUAACACCCAGUCUCACCACGUGGCCACCAAGACAUCGCGGGUGUUCCGUCGACACGAUUCCGACAACUCGAUCGAACUUCGUUCUCACUCCCGGACGAUUUCGAGGUCAGCCAUUCGCUCGCCGAGUCCGCGACGUCACCGUACUGCUGCCCAGAUAGCUCAGAGCGGUGUCCGAGGGGAAUUUUACCAGGGCCGCCCCAGGCAUUUCGGCGACGGCCAUGAGCUAGAUGGCUUUGACGAUUUGCCGACAUCUGCCCAUGCAGAGGCGAAUUUUAUCCACCAGCCAGCUAAAGCACCCCUUCGGAACAAGAUAUACCAGAACGUCUUGCCGGAUAGAAUGAUUUCACCAUCGCCUGGUCCCUACUCUCCUCCCUCAAAGGUCGGCAACACCCCGCACUUUGCUCGCGACACGACAGCCAGUAGGAUUGCCCGGGAAACAUCGCUUGCCCAACGUGCGCCUUCCACAGGAGCCCUGGCGCCCCUAACAUCACAACGAGUAGCGCAGUUAUCUUCCCGGGGCAACCUGGCCCUUGGCGUUCCUCAGACAACCGUCCGGUCCAAGAAACAUCGCAAGCCUCCUCAGCUCAAGCCUCAUCUCAUUACGAAUAUGAACAAACACAAUGUGGCAAAACAUGAGAAAGGCAUGUAUUACAACCCUCAGACACAUCGAUGGGAAGGGAACGAAAAUGUCCUCGGCGCGUUCGACCCGCCAGUCUCCACCCCCUCCACCGCCUCAGUUCCAUCUCACCUUCGGGAGAAAGAGGCCACAACCCCUCGCCCUGCCUUGAUCACGAACAUCACCGGCACGAAAGGCGUGCAGGUGGUCAAGGGAAUGGUCUUCGACCCUCAAAACAUGUGUUGGCUCAAACUGGGGGCCCAAGGAGACUCCAAGGCCGCCGAUGCGACUGACCCCAUGGAGGGAUUCGACGCCCUGGAAGAGGACGAUGACGUGUUCAAAGAUAUCCCCGACCUAGAAGACCUUUCCACCGCCGAUACCAACGAUGGUGCGCAGGGCCGCACGAGCGACGUUAGAGACGACUGGCUGGUGGGCGAAGAAUUCGAUGUUGGUCCCGAAUUCGUGCGAAGACAGCGCGAGGAGGAAGACCGAUGGCGAAAGAAAUGCGAAAAAUGGGUCGGCACGGUCGAACGGGACCGUGACGCCUCGCGCUGGGCUAUCCGAGACCUCCUGGUCUUCCAAAGAGCGGCCCAGUAA